CCGGAAGGCGCGUGUGGACGGGGGCGCCGGCGCCGCGCCGCCCGUCCCCAAGAUGGCGGCCGUCGCCAUGAGGCUGCCGGUGGCGCGCAAGGCGGUGGCGCCGAGCAGGCCGCCGGGCGGUGAGAGGCACCUGGUGGCGCCGGGGGACACCAUCACCACGGACACGGGCUACAUGAGGGGCCAUGGCACCUACGUGGAUGAGGAGAAGCUCAUCGCCUCGGUGGCCGGUGCCGUGGAGAGGGUGAACAAGCUGGUGUGCGUCAAAGCGCUGAAGACCAGGUACAACGGUGAAGUCGGCGACAUCGUGGUUGGGAGGAUCACGGAGGUUCAGCAGAAACGAUGGAAAGUGGAAACCAAUUCCAGGCUAGAUUCAGUCUUGUUGCUGUCAUCUAUGAACUUACCUGGUGGGGAACUGAGAAGAAGAUCGGCAGAAGACGAGCUUGCAAUGAGGGACUAUCUGCAGGAAGGGGACCUCAUCAGUGCAGAGGUCCAGUCUGUCUUUUCUGAUGGGGCUGUAUCACUGCAUACUCGGAGUCUGAAAUACGGGAAGCUUGGCCAGGGUGUGCUCGUUCAGGUCUCUCCCUCCCUUGUGAAACGCCAGAAGACUCACUUCCACGACUUGCCCUGUGGUGCAUCUGUGAUCCUCGGCAACAACGGUUUCAUCUGGAUCUACCCAACCACGGAGCAGAAGGAUGAAGAGGCAGGGGGCUUCACCACCAACCUAGAGCCAGUUCCCCUGUCUGACCGGGAGGUGAUCUCACGGCUCCGAAACUGCGUUGUGGCUCUGGCUACUCAGAAGCUGAUGCUCUUUGACACUAGCAUCCUGUAUUGCUAUGAGGCAUCCCUUCCUCAUCAGAUCAAGGAUAUUCUCAAACCAGAGGUGACGGAGGAGAUCGUUCUGGAAACCCGGCAGAGGCUGUUGGAUCUGGAGGGAUAGUGUCAGAAGCAGUUAUUUGAAGCCCCACCAUGGCAGCUUUUGAUUCUCAGUAUUUUUUUUUCAGUGUUUUAGUCCCAGGCAUUCAUUCCGUACUUCAGAAAUGACCAAAAUUGCUCAUUUUAACUCCUUGGAUACCUCCUGAGCCCUUUUAGUACAACAAUACUAAAUAGUACUGGAGUACAAUAGCCUUUUAGUACAGCAGUACAUUUCUGACCUUUAUGAAGACACAGAUACAACUGGGACAUACCUUGUUGCUGUGUCUAGUGCCCCUGAAUUUGGUGUAGAACAAUAGGGAGGAAGGGAUGUGUUUUGUCAUUGGUUUCUUCCUUCCCAAAGGCUUUUAAAUUGUUUUUAUUUAUUUUUAUUGUGAUGCAGAUCUGCCAGUCUGUCCUUUGACUUCAAGUUUUUAUUUUCUUUCUUUGAGACUGCAAAAGUACAAGUCUUCGGAGGAAAGAACCAUCUAACCGCAUUGUGGGUCUAGGUGUUCAUAGUUGAUAUGUCUCAGGGGUUUGAGAUCGGACGUGGCUCUCCACAUGGCCGAGGUAGCCACGGGCAAGCAGCGCCUUCUCAGUCUGUGUUCAUCCUGCCAGUCCCUUUUAUAUGCCUGAUGCGGCGAGCUUGUCCUCUGAAGAGGCUCCGUUAUUCUUUUCUAUAAAAUAUUUUAUAUUUCAAUAAAUUUUUUGAAACAGAGGUGGUUGUUCAGGAGCGUGUGCAUUGUUUUAUCCUCCUCCGGAAUGAAUUUGGUCUAACUAGAGGACUACAGUUGGCUUAAGUUUCCUUGUGUCAGGACGCUUGGAUUUGUUGUGGUGUCCUGGUGCCUCCCCUUCCACCGUUGCUCUUCAUCCCUUUCAACCAGGGCUUGACCUUCAUCUUCAGCAUGUCUUCCAGGCAGGGUAAGUAGAUUGCCUGGCACUGUUCACAGUGGCUUUCUCUCAACAUUGCUUGACUGCAAGAUGCCGUGGGAAGGUGAGUCAUGCAGCUGUGUCAGGGCUGGGGGAGGCAGGGCACCCAGCAGGACGCUGGCCUGAGGUCCUUGGUUGGAGGUGGGCGUGCUGAUCCAGAUGUUGUUGCUUGCCUUCCCUGUGUAGAAUGGACGUGAUGCUUUUCUUUCAAUAUCCUUUCAGAUCUCUGAUGCUGUAUGAGAAUUGUUUUAUAUAUGUAUUGUGUCUAUAUAUAUAUUUCUUCUGUAU